AUGCGCCUCCUCAAUGUGAAAACACUCAAGCUGGAGUAUUUCUAUGGAUCAGUUCCCGCAUAUGCUAUUCUGUCGCAUACGUGGGGAGCUGAUGACGAGGAAUUGUCAUUCGACGAUAUUGAAGAUGGACGUCUCCAAAAAGGAGCUACUAUGCCUUACAAGGUCGCAAAGUGUUGUGCACAGGCAGAGAAGGAUGGCCUCAAUUACGCAUGGGUUGACACUUGUUACAUCAUAAAGGCUGACCCUACAGAGCUCGGUGAAGCCAUCAAUUCCAUGCUUCGAUGGUACAACGAAGCAGCUAUUUGCUAUGCCUACCUGGCAGAUGUCAGCUCUGGAGAGAAUGGGCGUUUCCCGUUGACUCAAUUCUGCUCCUGUCGCUGGUUCAAAAGAGGCUGGACGUUGCAAGAGCUACUGGCACCUGAUAACCUUCGCUUUUAUGAUUCUCGCUGGCACUACCUUGGAACAAAAGCAACCAGCUAUCGUGCGUUCACUCGCUUGCAGCAAGAGAUAAUGAGAAAGUCGAGGGGUGAAUCUAUGCUAGCUUGGGGCUUUCAAGCCACUGAACAGAAAGCGGCCAAUUCGAAAAGUACCAGCAUAUCUGCAGGUGUCCUGGCAGCAUCCCCGGCCGACUUCAUGAAUUGUGGAGAUAUUGUCCCACAAAAGAAAAAAGCUAGCUUUCUGACCGCAGUUAAAUUCGAUGGCGGAUACGUCCGUAUUAGUCUCUCUCUCUUCUCAGCAUUAUCUGGUGAGCAGUUCGGACUGCUAAAUUGCGGUCCGCAGAAUAACCGUGAUGAGGUGGUAGGGAUACACCCCUUGCUAGUGAUACGCCCUCUGACCGAGCGGCAGAAGAACACAUCCACGGACCCCAGUCCAUCAAAUUACUUCUUCCUUGACGAUCCUGUUGAGAUAGGGUUGGAGUUGAUUGAGGUUGAACCGCCAGAAUGUUGGUUGAAGGAACAUGCUCUUAUUGCAACAUCGAGCGACCCUAAUGUCGAUAGUAUACAACGAACCUGGACUCGGUUUCGACCUGAAGGUAAUCGAGCCCAUGAUUUCCUGGUACUUCUAGAGUUCCAAGCGAAGAGAUCGCAAUUCCAGGCUCGAUGCCACAUGAUGAUAUCCGCCAGAAAUACGCCCUUGGCGGACUUAGCCCAGAGCGCUGGUCGCUUAAGGCAAGAUGCAUUCGGCAAAAGAAUCGCCAGCGACUGUACGCUUAGUAUCCAGGCAAGCGUGGAACGUGAUAGUCUGCAGAAGAUAUUUGUGUUGAAACUGGCUACAGUGGCAAGUCCACCUAGCGUCACUGUUGAUACUACGUUUGAGUUAGACGAACUGAUGCUUAAGCUGGAACGGGAGAGCUUAAUGAAGGAUAAAGAUAAUGUUUGUGGUGAAGUAGUGAAUAUCAAAGAGCAGGAAGUGAAGGCAUCUUCCUCUUUGGAGUUUGCUAAGGCAAGCUUGGCUAAGACAGAAGAAAAACGAUCGGAAGCAAAUAGCCCUGGAAAGUGGUUAUGGUCUGCCUCUGCAUCAGACUUUAGGCAAGGAAAUAAAGCUCUUGGUUCCCCAGAUGGUCAAUCAAUGCCGCACAGCACCCCUUCAACAAUGUAUUCUGGUUGGAUUCUGGGGGAGGAAGAACCGAUGCCGUCUGACUCCGAACUGGUAGACAGUGAGGCCAAAUUGGCAAAAGAUAUUUGGAAAAUAGUCAAAGAUGAUGCCUUUUUGACCGGACCCUUCAAAGAUAAAGAAUAUUUUCUGGCACACCUCGUCAAGAAAGCCAUACUUAUAUUGCUAUGUACCAACAAGCGUUCUACGUGCCCUGCAAUGGAGUAUACUAUUCGCCGAGACGCCCAGGCAGAGUUCGUCAAGCGAAUGACCGAGGCCAAAACCAAGACUCUCCCUCACGGCAAAGGGGUUGCGCUGCGCUUCAUCAAUCACGAUGCCGAUAACGCCUCUAAUCUGAACUCUGAAAGCAUACAGAAUAUCAUGGAGUCCCUGCCACUUAGGUCCUUGGGGUACACUGCCAUUGUUGAGAAUUUGAGGUCUAAGGUUUUAGAACCUCUAGUUUAUGAAAAGUCUGAAGACCGGAGACUUGACAGGCCGCUGAUCGUAACCAUCACCAUUGGCGGCUAUUUGGAGUUUGGGGCUGAGUCGGAACUUGCUGACGAUAUAAUAGAAUGUGGUAAAAAGCUACACGACGCUGGGUAUGCCCGCAGCUCUGUGAAGCUUUUAAUUGUCUCAAUUGGUUGGAGUAGAGUGACCAUGGGAUUUCUCGAACGCCUCCAAAGCAACCCGGACAUUCGUCCUGUGAUUGCCGGUGCUGAUAGUAGUCGUGGUAGGCCGCAUGCCCUGUUUCCCAUUACGAGUUGUACAGUUUCUCACUUAUUUGGUGGCCCAAGGUAUCUUCUUCAGGCAAUCAAGUUCCUGUCCCACUUUAUCGAGAAUGGCAACUAA